UACAGUGAAAUCUAGUGGUGGAGGAAAUAACUACUGGAUUGGCCUGAAUGACUUGGAUGACGGGGACGGCGUAUACACGUGGAUAAACAACAGCCUAUCAGGGUAUUCAAACUUCCAUUCAACACCAGGGCAAGGGAGGUGCAUACUGCUAAGAGCUGGUCUUCAAGGACAGUGGGAGGACUUCGGCAGUUGUACCGAUCAGCGGGUUCACAUUUGCCAACGUCCAAAAGAUUCACGUUGUUCUUGGCACCAGUUCGGGCAUUCAUUUUAUCGCUUCAUGGGAGCUAGGAACACUUUUGAUCUAGCCGAUACAGAGUGUUCGAAUAAUGGUGGGAGAUUGGCAAUUAUCGGAUCAGCAGAACUUAAUACGUUCCUAACAUCGUUUGCAUCGCCUGCCCUUUCAUCGCCUUUUUGUUACUGGUUUGGUCUAAGUCGAAGCGCGGAUGCUGAGCCAUUCACCUGGAUUGAUGAAACUCAAAUAAGUAACCCUAUCUGGGCUCCUGAUGAGCCGAGUUCUACCGGGCGAGCCUGCGCGUGUUUGUGGUCUGAUGGGAAUGACGCUAACAGGCAUGGUCAAUGGGACGGAAGAUCUUGUGGGGACACACUGCCGUACAUCUGUGAGAGACCACAAGUACCAACUGGACAAUGGACGUAUAUUACAGGAGUGCAAAACGUGCAGUAUUCAAUUUCAACCUUCGACACAAGCUUUUUCAAUGCAACGGAAUAUUGUCAUCAAAUAGGUGGACGACUUGCGCAGUUAAAAACAUCAACUAUCAAUUCAGCAGUGAGAAAUCAAUUGGGAAAUAUUGGAAACGGAAAAUUUUGGAUUGGGCUUGAUGAUCUGAGCAAGGAAGGCGAUUUCCGAUGGGCUGAUGGAACGCUGUUAAGAAAUACAGGAUUCACUGGCGGGAAUCUAAAUAAUUACCGUGGGAACGAACACUGUGUAGAAACGACAAACAUUGGCUGGAAUGACCUACCUUGUAGCGGAGAUUCAAGAAGGUUUGUCUGCGAGAAAUCAGAGGCCCCACCACUCCAUCUACUCGCCAUGACGUCAACACCUUUCGGGAGUUCGGGAGCUACUCCACGUUUCUCCUGCAUUCUCAGCCCUCCUAACAACACGGAAGGCACUCUGACCUACACUGAGAGAGUAGUUGUACAGAGUCUCACCACAGAUGGGUAUACACUGGACGUCCCGGUCACGAAAACAACUCAGACAGGUAGAUUAAUACAGGAUCUACCUGGUGAUGUGACAUCCGUUGGUCUUUAUAAGUGCUCGAGUACAUCUACAACUACUGGUAUUUCAACAUCAGCAGAUGUAACAAUUCUCUCAAAAGACAGACAUUUUCAACCAACUGACGGCCGUCUCACGAAAACGAUUUAUCCAGGUGACGACAUCACACUCUCAGUUUCUACCACGGAUACGUACACAGCAGGUGAAGAUGAAAUCCGAUGGAGGACUUUCUCAAACCUCGCUGAAGGAUCUUUGUCUCCAGAGGGAGACGGGACUCUGACCUAUACCAUUCGAUCGGCAACGAAGACAAAUGCUGAUAUUUACGGAACGGUUGAAAACGGCAUGGUUGAAAAUCUAAUGUACAGCUUGAUUCGCGUCAUUGUCAGUGAUUGUCCGAGUGGCCGAUGGAAUAUCCCAUCCUGUGAUCGUCUAUGUGAUAAUUGCUACAAUGGAGGGAUUUGUCAUCCUCAAUCAGGAACCUGUAUCUGUCCUCCAGGAUUCAUGGGCAAAAACUGUCUUACUGCAUGCGGUGAAAACCGAUUUGGAUGGGAGUGUGAACUUGAAUGUGGAGCUGGGAAUGCUCUACAAGAAUGCAGUGGAAGCCAGGUGUGUCUACCCGAUCCCUACGGAUGCAACUGCCUGGCUGGUUAUACAGGAAUAUACUGCGAUAAACAAUGCAUUCCGGGUAAGUUUGGUGUUGACUGCCUUCAGGAUUGCCACUGUGCAGGAGGGAUGCCAUGUGACGUCUUCAGGGGAAGAUGUGAUGGAGACUGUGAGGAUGGUUGGUCAGGAGAAGGAUGUCAAGUUCCCUCUGUCUGUCCAGUCGGAUAUAUUGGAAUAAGUUGCACAGAGUUCUGUAACUGUCCAGAGGACUCGGAAUGUGAGAAGGACUCCGGUUUCUGUACAUCAUCGGGAGGACAAUGUGAGAUUGGCUAUGUUGCUGACUCUCCACAGAGACCAGAUGGAUGUGUCACAUUUGCUGGAUGUUUCGAGUCUUGUUCUAAGACAUGCCACUGUGCUGGUGGUGUCGAGGACUGCAACCAGGCAACCGGAGCCUGCUCUCAAGGUACAUGCCAUCCACGAUGGACGGGAGACAAAUGUCAAACUGAUCGCUUUAGCAUUACACGAGAAAAAACCAACCCAGGUGUUGCGAUGUUUUCCUGCACAUUUUCUACCGACACAAGUGGCAACAUCCCUUCCAUUAAGGCUACUGUAGGGGAUUUCUCAAUGGAAAACUGGAAAAAUGCACAGGCCGCAAGUACUGCUUCUGAUCAAUCUUCAUUACAAGCAAACUUUACGUUUUCCGUUAAUGUCAACGGGAACCAACCCAUCUACUGUUUAGUUGGCACAUCAACAAGUGGCAUUGGAUUUGCUUUUAUCAGGUUGCCACUGCCUGAAACAUUCGUUCUCCCGGUCUUCAACAAGGCGCCUGAGGUAGCAGACCUAGGUUUCAACUAUGUCAUCAUUGCUUGGGAUUCUUGGACCGUAAACGUUGAUGUUGGCGAAGGUCCUAUCAUUGGGUACAAGGUCUACGUUACUACUUCAGAUGGGAACGAAACAAACACCUUUAUAACAUCAUCAGGUGUUCCGAUGGAGAUGGUAUCCUCAGGGACUGUAUCUUCAAGGAAGAGAAGACAAGAAGAUGAAGGGCUACUGAUGUACAACGUGACUGGUCUGGAUGAAGGUCAAGCAUAUGAGAUUCAAAUUUCAGCAGUUCGUGAGGGACUUAACGGUGAAGGGGAGAAAGGACCUGCUCUGAGUGUGAUAACUCUGAAGAUAGCACUACCUCCCGACCCUUCUGCAAUUGGCGCCAGUGUUGGUGGGGCAAUAGGAGGAAUAAUCUUUGUUUUAUUGAUUAUUGUCAUCAUCAUCAUUGUACUACGGAGGAGAAGAAACCCACGGAACGAAGUCUCCAAACCGGUCACCUAUAGAGAUGAUAAUGUUUACAUCGGUGGUUUAUCCGAAGAAGUUGAAACUGGAAAAUCAGAUAAACCAAAGACGUCUCCAACCGUGACACCAAGGAAACCGGUGGUACUACCAAAGCCAUCCACCAUGCCUGAACCACAACUGGCUCCAAACGGUUUGGACGAGGCUGAUGUACCGAAAUCCAGAAGGUCGGAGGAAUCACCAAAGGAGCGUCGCCCGAUACCCCUCUCACAGUUUGCUACCCUCGUUCAGAAGAAUAGACACACAGACGUGUUUUACGAGGAAUUCCUUUGUUUACCAAAGGCAAAUAUCUUCCCACAAACCGUUGCGGAGAAGACGGUAAAUUUCGAGAAGAACAGAUACAAGAACAUCCUGCCAUAUGAUUCAUCAAGGGUUAGGCUGACAAUAAUCAACGAUGACCCGGAUUCCGAUUACUUCAAUGCUUCUUACAUACCGAGCUUUCGAAACCAGCGUGCGUACAUCGCGUCACAAGGACCAAAUAAUGCAUCAAUGGAUGACUUCUGGCGAAUGGUGUGGCAGGAGAAUGUAAACACAAUCGCCAUGGUAACAAAACUCCAAGAGGGAACAAAGAUUAAAUGCCGUCAAUACUGGCCGGAGUCGACAUCUGUAAACUUUGGGGACAUCUUAGUGGCAUUGGAUUCUGUCGCAAGUUGUUCUGGAGGUUUAAAGCGAACACUGUUCUUGACAAAGGGGGCGAAGACCAGGGUUGUUAACCAGUUUCACUUCACGGAGUGGCCAGACAAAGCAGUUCCUAACAGCACAUCUACUCUGCAGAAUUAUAUCUCUGAGGUGAAGAAGGACCAUGGAACAAAUAACUCUCCACUUCUGGUUCAUUGCAGUGCUGGCGUUGGUCGGACUGGUGUACUGUUGAGUAUAGACAGCGUCGUAGCUGAAGCGAAGAGAACCAAGGAAGUCGAUAUAUUCGGUUACGUCACAAAGAUCAGACAAAACCGACCUUACAUGGUGCAAACAAAGGAGCAAUACCAGUUUGUGUACGUGGCUGUGCUCGAAGCUUUGCUGUCAGAAGAUACCAGGAUCCAGGCCUCCUACUUCGAAUCUACACUCAUGCAUCUUCAGGAAGUCACUAUAAACAACAAACGGAGAUGCACACCAUUGUCUACACAGUUUGAGAACUUGACGGUCGUUUGUCCUGAUCCUCCAGCCUCGUUGAUCAGAACUGCUACGAAGACAGAAAAUCGUUCGAAGAGCCGUUACGCCAACAGUCUUCCAAUGGAAAGAAACCGAGUCAUUCUUCAGUCUAGGGGCUCUUCAGAUUCGGACUUCGUCAACGCGAGCUUCGUGAAGGGUAAUCGAUACAGGUUCAUUACCACCCAGAUGCCGAUGCCGAACACCGUAGCUGAUUUCUGGGCCAUGGUCAUCGACUACCAACCAUCCACCAUCGUCAUGCUCAACGAUGACAAUAAACGUGACAAGAGCUGUGCACGAUACUGGUCUGACAAGGGUGUAAAAACCUUUGGACCUGUCUCUGUCACCACGCUGUCUAUCUCAGAGAGAAGAGGUUUCAUCGAGAGAGAAAUAGAGGUUACUCAGAACAAACCAAAGGCUCGCCAUGUCGUGAAGCAGUAUCAGUUCGUCGACUGGCCUACUAAGGCAGAGGAACGAAAGGACCACGCGCCUUAUCUUCUGAAUCUUAUGACAGAAGUGGAGGACAGUUUUAGUGGAGUUGCAGAGGGGUUUCCAGUCCUAGUUCACUGCCUGAACGGAGUGGGUCGAACGGGUGUGUUCUGUACCAUGCUUGAGUGCAUCGCACAGAUAAAUGAAGAGGACGCUGUUGAUGUCUUCCAAAUGGUCAAGAUGCUGCGAAAUGAGAGGAUGCACUUCGUACAAACCGAGGAAGACUAUGCAUUCGUCUAUGAGUUGAUCAAUGAAUACCUGUCUGCCAACGAGUACGAACAAUUGCCAGUCCCGGUUGAAUACGAACAUACCUACGGGAACGUCGAGUCUGCUCCCCUCGCUCCGCCAGGCGAUAGCGUGUACGAAAUCACCCAAAUCCAAGAUGGCGCCGAUGAGGGAAUCUCGCAUGGAAACCUAGCUAAAAGGAACUUUACUAUGGACGUAGUGCCUCCUGCAGCUGAGGGAGGUCAAGCACAAGGGAAUUCCGACUAUGAAAAUGUUAGCUACCAGUAGUAAGAAUACAAGAAGGUACAGGAGAGAACAAAUCGUUUAAAAAAGACAUAUGCCCAAUAAAUAUGCUUCUUUAUCAUUUGCCUCUUAAAUCCACCAUGCCCAUAUUAUGAUUUUUCUAAUAAAUACUUGCAAUAAAAACCGGUUAAAUCGGUGGUUUAGAUAGUAUCUUGGUGGGACGAUUUCUCUUUCCUCGAGAAAGGAAUAUGUUAUGUUUUUGUAUCCACAGCCCAUGAUAUAUUAACUCUUCUUUGGCAAUAUUGGGUUAUUUGUUAGGUCAUAUAUUAAAAUCUAGUUCUUCUGCGACUUUUGAUAUAGUAUUGCUGCUGGGUUUCAUGUUGUGGUUGCCUGUUUGAUUAUUUGUUUCAUAAAUGUAUCUUUCAUUGUAAUGUAGUUCAAUUUGUUAUUUGUUUCAAUUAUUCAUUGAUGUUUGUAUAUUUAUCUGUCUUUGUACUUCGUGUAGAGAUGUUAUCUCGCUAUAUAAAGACAUUUCAGAAUGAACAAAUUAUGGUCAAUUUUAAAAAGGAAAACAAAAUGAUGAAUUAUGUUUCUGUCAUUCCCAUGCAAUUAUAUUAAUGUUCUUGUUCAAUUAUGUACAAUGUUUAUGAAGAUGUUUAUUUUUAUCAAUCAAAACAACAUAAGUAUCAAAUGUCGUAAAUUCGUUCAUGAAUUGCCAUGUUAAAGGUACUAUGUCCCAUUCGUAGUCCAAAAAAAUGAUAAGGUUAAAUUCCAACGGCAUUUGAAAGAUA